AUACUUUUGACCAUAUAGUGUAGACCUGCUCAUAGUUUAUCUCUUGUUGUCUGUCUAUAUCAUCUCUACAGAACUUCUCCAAUCGCCCCUACAGAUAAAGAUCCCGUCUACUCAAUGGCCAACCAAACCACUCAUUUUGAAUUUGAACUCACAGGUUUCCCAGGAGUCCCUCAGAACUUCCACAUGUUGGCGUCUUUCAUUUUAUUCAUUAUGUACAUCAUAAUGUUUAUCACCAAUGGUGCAGUUUUCGUUCUGAUUAUCUUAAAGGAGAAGCUACACAAGCCCAUGUACGCGUUAAUCGCCAAUUUAGCAUUUUCCGACUUUCUCUUCGACGCGGCGACCUUGCCUAAAAUGAUUUGCAAAUAUUGGUUCGACGGUGGGAAAAUAUCCGUCCUCGCAUGCUUUGUGCAAAUGCAUCUGGUCCAUUGGCUGGCUGGAAUGGACUGUUUGAUCCUCAUGUUGAUGGCCUUUGACCGCUACAUUGCUAUCUGCAACCCGCUGAGGUAUUCCUCUACAAUUACCAUCAAAUUGAUCGUCUUCAGCUGCGGUUCUAUGUGGUUCACCUGGGCUGCGAUUCAGUUAGACAUCAUAUUAAUCGCCACACACCCAUUCUGUGGUCCCAACAAGGUCCUCAGCUUCUUCUGCAACGCCUCCACUGUCAUGCGUUUGGUUUGUGAUGACGUCAAUUCAACUCGAGAAAUUCUUCUGAUUGUUGGCUUGGUGGUACUUUUCGGGACUCUAGCCCUCAUCAUGUUAUCCUAUAUGGCCAUCCUCUAUUCUGUUCUCUCGCUGAGCCAUUCGGACGGUUGGUGGAAGGCGUUUUAUACGUGUGUGACGCACCUGAUUGUUAUCAUUCUGUUUUAUGUCCCGCGGGUGUUUGUCUACAUAGCCAAUUAUGUAAAGCUGGUCCUCACUCCCGACCUGGGGGUCUUCCUCAUUGUCCUACAAUCCUAUCUGCCCCAUCUAGCCAACCCUUUCAUAUAUUGUCUGAGGACCGAGGAGAUCAAGAACAUUAUUUCCAGUACUUUAAAAAUAAAAUGUUAACUUGAAAGUAUAAUUGACGGUUUUGUUAUUUGUAAUUAUUCUGGUGUAGAAGGUUUUCGCGUUUAAGUGAUUGGCUUUAUUGGUCUGCAAUCUAUCCAAAACGGAACUUAUAAUUUUCCGUGCCCCACGUGCCUCUUCCCCUGAUCUC